AAGUGACAAUUAAUGCAAAAAGAUAAUCUGGCAAAUUAUGCAUAGAGUUCCUGUAAAUGUUGCUUAUUUUUUUAACUAAUUUCUUUGAUAAUUUUACAUACAAUGUACAUUUGUUUUUAUAUUUUUAUUUCAUUGCACUCGAUUGAUCUCCACUUUCAUUACUGGUUGCAGCUUUGAUCAUCAUGGCUCUAGGGAUGCAUGUCAUGUCUAAGAGGACAUCAAUAAUGCUAGGGGCUUUGACUAUCACAGCUGCACACAUUAUCUCAGCGUUCGCGACAGAUUUACGUCUGCUGUUCGUCUCGAUAGGUUUCCUAGAAGGUCUAGGAAUUGCCUUGUCAAAUCCUGCUAUCAUUGCAACUCUAGGAGAAUAUUUCCAUAAGAGAAGGGGACUAGCAAACGGUUUAACAUUUAGUGGCGGUAGUCUUGGCGGUCUGUUAUUUGCACCGAUCUUUUCAACAUUGUUUACAGACUAUGGAUAUACGGGAACAUUUUUAAUAAUCGCUGGAUUAACCAUGAAUAUUCUUGUAACAAGUGCUUUGUUGAGACCAUUGAAAUCUUUUGAAAGAAAUACCCAGAAAGCAGAAAAGUUAAAAUGUAAAACAGAUGUUUUGGCAAAUACUGCAGAAAAUGAAAAAUUUAUGCCAGUUUUAAACAAGAAUUUAAUAAGCAGUUCUCCUGACAAACUAUCUGGUUCACCAUUAUUACCGCGGGCAAGAGCCUUGUCUGUCGGUAACAGACAAGCACAAACUGUUUCUCAAGGUUCACAUAAAGGGUUAUCGCCCUUAAAUAAUCUUGUUGAAUCAUUAUCACGUUCACGUGUGGCGUUGUAUGCAAGUGUUGACGGGAUUUAUGGAUCUAUUACUGAUAUCCGAGACAACGAAAUAGACGACAAGAACGACAAUGACGAAUGCAAAAUCCCAAAGACAACAAUUUUAGAUAAGCUUAAAGCUUCAUUUGAGGUCAAUUUAUUUAAAAGUCCAUUAUUUCCUGUGUUUUUACUGAUGGCAGCAGUACUUGCACCAACCAGUUAUUUAAUUCCACUGUUUAUAGCUCCUUUAGCAAAUGAUAUUGGUUUAAGUGCGGACCAGAUUGGAUUAUUGAUGUCAAUUGUAUGUGGUGUUGGGAUGUUCUCCAGAGUUACUUGUGCUUUAUUUGCUGAUAAAAAGUUUAUGAGGUUGACUACACUUUUAGCAGUUGUUUCAAUAAUGUCGGGAAUAACAGCACACUGCAUAAGAUUGUUCACUUCUUUUCCAUUAUUGGUUUUCAUGGCUGUGGUAAUAGGUUUGUCCACUGAUAUAUAUCUAUCAAUGUAUCCAGUUAUUUUGGUGGAAUUUUUGACUUUACCCAAGUUGAAAACCUGUAUCGGAUUCACCAUAUUAUGUCACGGGUUGGCUGUUGCAGUCACAUUCCUUGUUGUCGGUUCGUUAAGAGAUUCAACCGGAAGUUAUUAUGCGUCAUACCACUUUCUGGGAACCAUGUCAUUUGCUGGAGCUGCUUUUGCAUUGUCUUUGCCGUAUUUGCAUAGGCGACAGCAAGAAAACGAAGUUUAAUUCCAUAAUUAUGUUUUACAUGGUAGCUGAAAUAGUAUGUGGAUGAGAUGUGAGGAAAUUAUUUUUAAAAAAAUGCAUAUAAACAUUUUGGUAUGUACUGCUGUAAACAACUGAUAUAGUUAUAUAAAUAUAAAGUACAGUAAUUUUCAUUUGUAAGACAUAAUACAUGACUGUGUCUAUUUUGAAAGACUGAUGUUUUGUGUUAUUAUAUAAAAAAAAUAAAAGCACAGUAUUUACAGAAAAUGUAUGGUGAAUAAAUCACACUUUCACCAUUACAAACUUGAAUUUAGUUUUUUAAUCGGGUUUGUACUUCUUUGUACAUAUUACAAUGAAAAACACAUUACGAUAUAAUAGCUUGCAGUAGAGAUAAGGACAGAAUAUACGCUCGUACUAUAGUGCUCUGUCUACAUUUACAUAGCCAGCACUGUGACACAAGCGUUCUAAUAUUCCCGUUCUUGUCUGCAGGCAUGCAUCAAAAAGUUGAUAACAACAUAAGAUGAUAAUGGUAUUUUAUCAAAACGUAGUUCUUUUUUUCCCUGUAAUAUCUAAACAAGAUUAGUUUUUUUUAUCAUUUUUCACGCUUCAAAUGAUUGCUCAUUCUUUAAGAAAAGUCAUAUAUCAUUAACAACUAUUGAUAUGUAGAUAUUUACGUUUUAAACUCUUUUCUUUUCUAAAAACAUAUCGUUGUUUGCGCAUCAAUCGGUCUUCGACACAAAAUCUGAUGCAAUCAGUGACCUCGAAUGAACAGAUGAAUAUAACAAUUCUGUAAUAAAAAAAAAUGUCUAUAAACAAUUAUCUCACAACAUUUUUCACAUAGGCUAUCUUUCAAAAGGACAACGCAAGAUAUAUAAAAAAAGAAAUAAAUAAAAAAGAAAAAAACAAGGCAACAGAUAGCUGAAAUCAUAAUUCAGCCCCUUUAUCAGAUUUCAAUUCUCGUGCUUUGAAAUUUAUGCUUUAAAAUUUAUAUCCUGAUAUUUUUUUUCAUUUUGCAGUUGCAUUAAAAAUAAGUAUCCCUAGAGAACCGCAAAUAUGGCAAAUGGUUAAAUGUUGCAUUGAGCCUGUUCAUAGACGGAAGUGGUAAUUGCAAACUACCGUUGUUUAUAAAUGUAAAUUGUGCUGUGUCAAUAUUGUGCAGAGUGUCGAAUCAACACGAUUUUAUUUCUUUGUUUGGCUUUUAAGAUAGAGCGAUUUUUUUCCAAACAAUUUAUAGUAAUAUAUGGCACUUAGUUAUAAAGUUAAAAUGAACCAAUAAGAUAUACCCUUCAAGAAUGGCCAAAUAAAGUUGGUAUAACUUUGGUCUGACUACUUUGUAAGUACAUUGUAAUUAUGUUUGUAAGAUAAUGAUGUUAAAUUGUGUUAAUAUAUUAUACUGUAUGUAAAUAUGCAAUAAAAUAUGAUUAAACUAAAUUGUCACAUUACAUUUCACUCAAAUAGACGGAUUUCAAAACUGAAUACCAUGAUCAUCUUGAAAGUCAUAAAA